UGAAAAAAAAACUUUAAUAUUUUAGUUGUAUUUCAUACUGCUCUUCCUGUUUUUUAGAGAAGCGAAAAAUGUACAAUCAAGGAGCUUCACCGGCAACGGUUUUGAUCCAAAGGCCUCCACCCAGUGUCAAUGAAAAAGCGUUAAAAAUCAUUGGUAUUAUCCAGCUACUUGUGGGAAUCGCAGCGGUGGCUAUUGGUAUUACAAUGUCUACAAUCAAUACUUCGUACUGGCUUGUCAACAUGCGGAGCGGAAUUUGGAUCGGUGUAUGGAUUAUCAUAGCCGGAAUACUUUGCAUUAGCAUCACAUCAUCUUCUCACAACAAUUGUUUGAUUGGCACAGCUAUGUUUUUCAACAUCAUCGCGAUUAUUGGAGCAGUGGUGGAUGGUAUACUAUUUGCAAUUGCUUUAUGGUAUUUCACUAACUGCGAAACUUACAGCUACUCUUACUACUACUACUACUACUACCGCAGCUACAGUACAGCGUGCAGGUCGGUAACAGGUGCUAUCUUUUUUGGCGUACUUCUUGGACUUAUGGUGUUGGAGUUUUUCCUUGGGUUAGCCGCUUCCAUAUACUGCUGCAGUGGCUGUUGUGGCGGUCAAAGUUCUCAAGGAGUCGUUAUUCACCAACAAACACCUAACUACGUUGUCAGCACUUCUGGACAAACUAUGUAUCCUGGACAACAGCAACCUGUCUCUAAUCCUUAUCCGUAUAACACGGCAUAUCAACCGACGUCUCCGCAGUAUGUCGGUGCUACAUAUACCAAUCAAGGUGGAAACACUAACGUGGCAUACUCCACUGAAAAAACUAGUCUGUUGCAGGGACAUCAAGGAGGACCUGCGUAUCAGCAGCAAUAUCAAGAAGCGCCGCCAUCAUAUAGUUAGGGGUAAUCGUUAACUUUUGUUACAGAGAAGAGAUCGAAGAAAGAAAAGUGGAAAGUUAACUUUUUUAAGUAUUGUUUUUUGUUAUGUGGUAGCGAUAAUUAGAUUUAGUUCUAGAAAACUUAUAGAUUUAUUACAUUGAUCCUAAAAACAUUUGUACUUUGACAUGGAUUUAAAUUGUGUUGUUGUGGAAUAGAA